UUGGAUAUCAUGGAUCCCAAAACUCCAGAGGACAUAUACAAAUCUCAUUUAGAAAACAAUCGUCCUACCUUUGGCCCAGGCCAGGUAGAUUCAGCUCGUCAAAACCUUGCUUCAUCAUUUGUAAAUGGCUUUGUUAAUGCAGCCUUUGGUACAGACAAACUCCUUACUGAAGAUGGGAAUAAGUGGCUCUAUAAAAAUAAAGAGCACGGUAUGUUAAGUGCAACAGCAUCAUUGGGUUUAAUACUCUUAUGGGAUGUUGAUGGUGGGCUGACACAGAUUGAUAAGUAUUUAUAUUCAUCGGAGGAUUUCAUCAAAUCUGGGGCGCUCUUGGCUUGCGGUAUUGUCAACAGUGGAGUGAGGAAUGAAUGUGAUCCAGCUCUUGCUCUUCUUUCUGAUUACAUUGGACAUAAAACCAUGGUUAUUCGAAUUGGUGCUAUCUUAGGCUUGGGUUUAGCAUAUGCUGGCAGCAACAGGGAGGCAGUUCUAAAAGUCUUAACACCUGUUUUGGCGGAUGAGAAGAGUUCUCUGGAGGUUGUAGGCAUUACUGCUCUAGCAUGUGGAAUGAUUGCUGUAGGCACCACCAAUCAAUUGGUAGUGGAGGCUCUUGUCACAACUCUCCUGGCCAAAUCAGAGACAGAACUGAAGGAGACAUAUUCAAGGUUUAUGUCUUUGGGACUGGCUCUGGCAUAUUUAGGUUGUCAGGAUAAGUGUGAAGUUGUUCUUUCCUGUAUCGAGAACCUUCCAGCCCCUUUCCGCCAGAUGACUGCAACUCUUAUUGAGGUCUGCGCUUAUGCUGGUUCUGGCAAUGUAUUAAAGGUUCAGGAAAUGCUGCACAUCUGUACAGACCAUUAUGACCAAGAGGAAAGUAAAUCUAAGGAUAAGAAGGAUAAAGAAAAGGAAAAAGACAAGGAUAAAGACAAAGAUAAAGAUAAGGAAAAGGAUAAAGAUAAGUCAGAAGAGAAAGAAGUUGAUCUAUCUUCACAACAGGCUGUGGCUGUACUUGGUAUUGCACUCAUAUCAAUGGGUGAGGACAUUGGAGCCGAGAUGUCGUUCCGUCAAUUUGGCAAUUUACUACGCUACUGUGAGCCAGUAAUCAGACGAGCUGUACCUCUAGCAUUGGGUCUCAUUUCUGUAUCUAAUCCAAGACUUAACAUACUGGAUACAUUAAGCAAAUUUUCUCAUGACUCUGAUGCAGAUGUGGCUCAUAAUGAUUUUGCCAUGGGCUUGGUUGGAGCUGGUACUAACAAUGCCAGAUUGGCUGCCAUGUUGCGUCAACUUGCCCAGUAUCAUGCUAAAGAUCCAAACAACCUUUUCAUGGUUCGUCUGGCUCAGGGACUAACUCAUCUUGGCAAGGGCACAAUGACGCUCUCCCCAUACCAUAGUAAUCGACAGCUUAUGUCGCCAGUUGCUGUGGCAGGUCUUCUAGCAACAUGUGUGGCAUUCCUUGAUGCUAAAACCUUGAUUCUAGGGAAGAGUCACUACCUUCUGUAUAGUCUCACCACAGCCAUCCAACCACGAAUGCUAGUUACCUUUGAUGAGCAGCUCAAUCCUCUUCCUGUGUCUGUCAGAGUUGGUCAGGCCGUUGAUGUUGUUGGCCAGGCAGGCAAGCCGAAGACCAUCACUGGGUUCCAGACACACACGACUCCUGUUCUCUUAUCACAUGGAGAACGUGCAGAGCUUGCUACAGAUGAAUAUAUACCAUUAACACCAAUCAUGGAAGGCUUUGUCAUUCUCAAGAAAAACCCUGAUUUUGACACUUAAGGCAAGAUAGUUAGAAUUGUAGAGGUAAUUAUUUUAUUGUACUGAGUUUUAUUUAUUAAAUCAUAUGGAAAAUGUUCACGUAACUCCUAAUUGUUAUUGCAGACUAAAUUUAGAGACACGAGAUGAACAUCAUUAAUAUACAGUAAGAUGAAAAUAUGGAAGUUGUACUACCAGAAUUUUGUGAUAAUUUAUAUGUCAGUGUUUGUAUUAAACAGAAUUGUAAAAAAUUUGU